GCCGCAUUUACCCAUCUCUAGUCGAUAAACAACAAAUAUGGCGUCGUCUGAAGAAAACGAAAACGUUGUUAUGGAAAAUUCAGGCCGCCGUACACGUUCAGGACGAACUGCCCAAUCUCCUAGUGCGUCAUCCACGGUAGUAGCGACCAGGACAACGAGGCGUACAUCGAAACGGCAAGCGCAGUUGAGCGAUCACGAAGAGGAAGUAGAAUUAGAACCAGAGCAAACAGUUACCAUGGGUCAGGAAGUGGGUAAAACACAUCAGAACGAAGAGGAGGAGGGGGAACAGUCUCAGCAUGUUAGCAGCCAAAUGAGUGAAUCAACAGAUCAACAAGAUGUUGAGAUGCUAGCUGCUGCUGAAACUGAAAAGAGUUCUUCAUUCCCCUUUGGCACCACAGUCACAGAACAGCAAUCCGAAGAGACAAGCGAUGAAGUGAAGGAGAGCCGUGUUGACGGCGGUGUGGACACAACUUCACUUUUAGCUUCACUGGCCGGUGAUAAUGCUAACAGCCUGCCCUCUGUGGGUGGAAAUGACAAUGAAAGUGGUGAUAACCAAAAGAAACAGGACUUCGAAUCCCAAGUCCAGACGGUAACCGUAAAUUCCUCUGAAGAUUCUAGUUCACAUCAUGCCAUAGCCGAAAGUCUGGGCGAUGGCGAUGUAGAUACUAGUAAUGCUACAAUUGUGAAUACAGAAAUUAUUUCGGAAGAUGAAUUACCGCUGCCAAGCAAGCCAGAGAUCAACGAUGCCGAAGAAGUCUCAGAUGAAGAAUUGCCGGCCCCAGCACGCGCUGAGUUACCUGCUGAUGCUGAAGUUAUAUCUGAGGAUGAGUUACCCACUCAUAAUAAUAAUAACAACACCAAUGAAUCCAAGAACACUCAAAAGCGUAAAGCUGAUAAAGAUGCCAAUAAUCCAAAUCCAAAGGAGAAACCCAGUGAACAGUAUAAUCCGGGUAGUCCAACCACGGAAAGUAACGAGGCACCACCAUCUGAGAAACGAGUCAAAGUCGAGGAUGUCAGCGAACAGAAGGACAAAAAGAAAGACAAAGAACGGGACAAAGAUAAAGACAAGGACACAAGGGACAAAGAGAAGGAGCGUAAAAAGUUACCCGAUCUGGAAAAAUACUGGCGAGCAGUCAAAGAAGAUUCUUCUGAUUUCACUGGCUGGACAUAUUUGUUGCAAUAUGUGGAUAGUGAGUCCGAUGCGGAAGCGGCACGUGAAGCUUAUGACACAUUCCUGUCCCAUUAUCCUUAUUGCUAUGGCUACUGGCGGAAAUAUGCCGACUAUGAGAAGCGAAAGGGCAUCAAGGCCAACUGCUAUAAGGUGUUUGAGCGUGGUCUAGAAUCUAUACCGUUAUCGGUAGAUCUAUGGAUACAUUAUCUGAUGCACAUCAAAGCUCAUCAUGUUGAUGAUGAGCAAUUCAUACGCCUUCAAUAUGAACGGGCAGUGAAAGCCUGUGGCUUUGAGUUCCGUUCUGACAAACUGUGGGAUGCCUUCAUACGCUGGGAGAAUGAAUCAAAGCGUUACAAUCGUGUGGUCCAGAUCUAUGACAAACUCUUGGCUAUACCAACUCAGGGUUACAAUGGGCACUUUGACAAUUUCCAAGACCUGAUCAACCAGCAUCCAAUUACUGCCACCAUUGGCAAUGAAGAGCUAAUCCGAUUGCGAAAGGAAUGGCAUGAACGUCAACAAAGUAAAACCUCGAAAUCAUCAUCGUCGUCAUCAUCAUCGAGAAGCCGUCGGGAUAGCAGCAACUCUAAAGAAUCCAAGGGCGGUGGCGAUCGUGAGCGUGAGCGAGAAAAAGAAAAAGAAAGGGAACGCGAGAAACGGGGCUCCGGUGGUAAGUCGCCAAAAGAUUCUAGUGAAACUCAUGCAGAUGAAUCAGCAAGUACUAUCGAUCUGAUCGAAAGCGAACCAUCGUUGGUUCCCGCAAAGGUCGCUACGACGAUCGAUUUCAGCGAUCUCAGCACGCUGGUGGACGAGGAGAUAGCCGCCAUAAAGGACAAAGUGAUAUCGGCGCGGCGCAAAAUUCACAAGGUGACGGUGGGUGCGGUCACUGCCCGCUGGUCCUUCGAGGAAGGCAUCAAACGGCCAUAUUUCCAUGUGAAACCGCUUGAACGUGCACAGCUAAAGAACUGGAAGGAUUACCUUGAUUUUGAGAUUGAGAAAGGCGACAGAGAACGUGUGUUGGUUCUAUUCGAGCGCUGUCUUAUCGCUUGUGCCCUGUACGAUGAAUUCUGGCUUAAGAUGCUGCGCUAUCUGGAGUCCAUGCCCGACCAGACCAAUGUGGUUGAUCUGAUGCGCGAUGUCUUUCGCCGCGCCUGCCGUAUCCAUCAUCCGGAUAAGCCCAGUCUCCAUCUGAUGUGGGCAGCCUUUGAAGAGUGUAAUCUUAACUUUGAUGGAGCUGCGGAAGUGCUACAACGCAUUGAAGAGCGUUGUCCCAAUCUCCUUCAGAUUGCCUAUCGACGCAUUAACGUGGAACGUCGUCGUGGUGCUCUCGACAAGUGCCGGGAACUCUAUGUUCACUAUAUCGAUGGCAGCAAGAAUAAAGGAAUAAGCGGCACGCUGGCAAUUAAAUAUGCCCGCUUUCUUCACAAGAUUUGUCACGAUCUCGACGCUGGCCUUGCAGUUUUACAGCAAGCUAUUGACCGUGAUCCGGCCAACACUAGAGUAGCCCUGCAAAUGAUUGAUUUGUGUCUGCAGCGAGCUGAGGUAGACGAGAAAGAGAUUGUCCAGAUUAUGGAUAAAUUCAUGAAUCGGCCUGACAUUGAGGCCGAUCAGAAAGUACUCUUCGCUCAACGUAAAGUGGAAUUUCUGGAAGAUUUUGGAAGUACGGCUAAAGGAUUACAAGAGGCACAACGGUCCCUUCAGCUGGCACUUGCCAAGGCAACCGAGGCCCAAAAGAAGGGCGAGACUAGUCCCAGCCGCAAAAACUCUUCGGCUGGAAAAGAUGCGUCUGCCGGCGCCGGCGGCUCAUCAAGCUCAUCCUCGGCGGCAACUCCGUCUGCGGUUUAUAAUAAUGGUGGCUCAGCUAAUGCGAAUUAUAAUUACAAUUCGUCCAAUGCUUCGUCUGCCUAUUAUGGCCAGGCCAACAGUGGCGGCAGUGGUGGUUAUCCUGCGCAACAACAGCCGCAGCAGCAGCAACAACAACAACAAACGCAAUCCUAUGACUCCUACUAUAGUCAAUGGGGCUAUGGUUCUGGUAGCAGUGGAGUCGGUGGAACCGGCGGAUACAACUACGGCCAGUGGAGCGGCGGCUAUGGUGGCGGCAAUUAUUACUAAUAGGACUUAUGUUAUUUUAGUCAUCAUUUUAAUUGUACAUUUUUUUUUUGAUAUAUAUAUAUAUAUAUAUAUUGAUUCGUAAUUAUAUUUGUAUAUGACUACGAAGGCCACGACCGCCAGUCCUUGAAUCUAACCGAAUGCUUAAAAUAAAAUAAAAACAAGAUAUUAACUUGAAUAUAGACUUCACCGGAA